AAAAAGAGAAUUGUCUAUUUUGAUUGCAUGGUGGCUUUAACACUACCAAAAAAACAAACAAACAAUAACCCAUUAACCUAUAGUGGUCAUUAUGUGAACUGUUUAUGACUAAUAAUAACACAUUGCAAUUUGGAUGUUUUUAAGUAAUGUUGUUGGUUUUUUUCUACAGACUUUUUUGUGUGUGGUGAUUAUAAAGGGAACAUGUGGUUCAAUCAGCCUCCUAAUCUGUCCACCUGGACUCAAAGAAGACCGGCACACACAGACAAAGUGAGUGUACUGCGGCUUACAGAGAGCCUCAUCAUCUCAGCGUCUCAUGACAGAACCGUCAAACUGUGGGACAGACGAACUAAGAAACAGGUGGGCAUGUUUGUGUGUGGAGGCCCUGUCAAGGUUCUGGAGGUGAACCCAUGUGACCCCAAGGAAUUUGUUUGCGGUGAUACGCAGGGUCAACUGUACUUCCUGUCUUGGAAAGGUUGAUUUCCUGAACAUCAGUCAAAGGACACAGUCACUUGUUGCAUGUCAUUAUUUGUACAUUGUACAUUUGUACAUGCAUUGCACA